AAAAGAUCUGCCCUCCCCCCCCAUCGAUUCUCCGAUUCCAUCCACCACCACCUUUUUUUCCUUCAGCUUCUUCCUCACCAUCAUCCCACUUUGCACUCUCCUCUCGCUUUCUCGAAUUCAACCGCUGCUCAACCAAGCUGUUGCACAGAUGGGCCGUGGAAUGUUCAACAGUCUUUACCGCUGAGUUCUCGUGUCGCCGCUACUGCUUCCAGCAAACCCUUCGAGCCAAGCUGUGUGGACGCGUUCUGAGUCGAGGGCUGUUCCUGGCCUUCGCCGCCGCUCCGAGGACUCAUUCCGCACCUUACAUCAUCCCCUCAUCUGCCCGUUCUCUACACAGUAUUCGUAUCCUUCCCAAGAUGUCAACCACCAUGGCCUCGGGGCACCCAUUGCCUCUGACGGCUCAUUCACACCCUGAUAAUCCUGUUCCUGAAGAGCCUAUAGCGUCGAGAAAACUCUCAAUCUCCGCCUCGCAGCUUUCACACUCCCUCACCUCGAAUGUUCCCUCCAGCUCCUACUCCGACAGUGCCUCGAGCGUGGACACAGAACCCACAACGCCGACGACCGAGAACCUUUCAGAUGUCCCCUUCGAUGAAUUGAACGGUCAACCACCUCAAAGUCCACAAGGCAAGAAGAGACGGGCUUCAACGUUACUAGUCUCUCAGGAUUCUGAAGAUGCGAGGCGAUUUUUGGGUGAGCGGGGCGCUUCUACUGCCAUGAUCCAGAAAGCCUGCUGUGGUGGAGGUUGCUGCAUGCUACAAGAGUUGAAGACAAAAAGACCUCGCCCAGGCCAAACUCCCCUCAAAGUCCCUCAAAAUCUCGCCUACCAAAGCUUGAAGAUCAACCUGGGUCAUUUGAGUUUGGACAGCGACCUGUCUGGUAUCGUCGAGAUCCCUUCCAAGACGGUUUCAUUCGAGUCCUUGUCGAGUUCGCCAGCCCGCACCUAUGCGGAGCCUCAACGACAGCAAAAGGCGGAGGUUCUGAAGCAUCCUCCCAAUUUCGUCACUCCGCACCCUCCCUACGAGGUAUUUUCGGCGCCUCUGUUUCACGCCCGCGAGUUGACGAAGUCUGGUGCGGAGAAGAGGACGUAUCACUUCGACAUCGACGUGACUGAUUACCCCAAAGAGAGCGGAGAUGUCGAUUUCGUUGUAGGAGGUGCCAUCGGCGUGUGCGCCCCGAACCCGCCCGACAUGGUCGACCAGAUCUUUGAUCUUCUCGGUGUCCCAAGUUUUGUGCGCGACAAACCGAUCUUGCUGAAGACAACAACGGGAAGAUGGCCCACGAUUUGGGGGGAAGAGGAGGCCCGAGAACUGGUCACGACGCGAAGGGAGCUUCUAACGUGGUGCUCAGACAUUCAAAGCUAUCCUCCCACCAAACAGCUCUUCCGACUCUUCGCCGAGCAUGCCGAAGACGAGAACGAAAAGACGAUUUUGAUGUACUUGUCUUCAGCGCAAGGUCAGGGAGCGUUCUGCGACCUCCGGACUGGCCCCUACAUCACUCUUCCACAACUUCUCAGCGCCUUCCCUUCCUCCAGACCUCCUCUCGACCAUCUCCUGUCUGUCCUCAACCAACUUAUGCCUCGAUUCUACUCUUUGUCUCAAGACCCAACAAUCUCUUGCCAGCGAGACGGCACAAAAUGUCGACGACUGAUUGAAAUUGCAGUGACGGUCCACGAGGCGGACGACUAUGCCACUGGCAAGCGAACCGGCGUAGGGUCGGGAUUUUUGGAGAGACUGGCGAAGCAGGUCAUCCAGGCAGAGCGGGAGGGGAAAAACCUUCGCGACUUGGACCUGAGAGUCCCCAUGUUCCGAGGCCUCAUGGCCAACCCUUUGGCCCGUGAAUUUGUCACCGAUGGGCCAAUGCUUCUUAUUGGAGCCGGCGUCGGCAUCGCCCCAUUCCGAGGAUUCGUCCACCGUCGACUAAAGUCGGCCAACUGCGCCAAUAAAGUCUGGGUGCUCCAGGGGGUGCGAGACAGUCUCCUGGACGAGCUCUACUCUGGUGACUGGGGUGUGCACGAAGACAAAGUGAAAAAGGUUGUCCAAUCUCGACGAGGGCAAGGCCGUUACGUACAAGAAGAAGUCCGCGCCCAAGCCGACUUGGUCUGGUUUAUCAUCAAUGCCGUGGACGGCAGAAUCUUUGUCUGUGGCAGCUCAAAGGGCAUGGGGGAAGGUGUGGAGGACGCUCUGAUAGAUGUGGCGAUGGCUAAGGGCAAGUUGAACCAUGAGGAGGCACAGAGCUUCUGGGAUGAGAAGAAGAGUUCGGGUCAGUAUAUCGCGGAGACUUGGUGAGCGAAAUCAUGGCCAGCGUUUACCAAAAGUCUCCUCGAAAUAUUCGGCGCUCAGACAAUGGAGUGCGAGACAACAGCAUCGGAGAAACGAACAAGACGUCUGAUCCCGGGAUCCUUCUGUGGUUCACUUCAAGGAAAAAAGCCAUCAACGAUUGGGCGGGCCACUGCUAUUGUGGAUUUUCAUUCGACUUGAGAGAAGCUAUGGCGCAUAGCGAGGGGCGUUUUCUGGCUACGUCGAAACAAGGGACACACAAAAAGGUGAACUGUCUCGGGACAUGAGGCAUUUAUGUUUGGGUGGUUCAAUGCUUUGCGAAAAGAAGGGGAUCAUCCCGUUAGACCUGGGGCGGUGUUCUCACAUUGUGUUUUUCGUGGCUUCUGCAUUAUCUGGUGAGCGGGCAUGUUGAAUUUUGUUCUGUCCAACAUCAACAUAUGCAUUAUUAUGUUGUUUCUGUUUUUGGAUAUACAUAUUGCAUCAUCAUGAUUAUGGGUACUUUAUCCUUACACAUAUGGAGUCAUAUACUCUUCGAUAUAAGAUGAACUGUGAAUAUGCAAUAUGAAUGUGAGGAUGAACAAGAUCCCUACAAUCCUCUCGAGUCGAAACCC